AUGGAGGACCGAAACGAUACGUCACUGUUCCUGGUGGGCGCCGGUGGGUUCGAUGUGCUGUCCGACGAGCCGACGAACCUGUCCACGUUCGGGCUCUACCCGGAGCUGAACGAAACGUUUGUCGGCAACAUCACCUGCCCGCCGACCGAUAUGCCCACCACGUACUAUCUGUUCAUGUUCCUGUACGCGGUCGUCUGCCUGGUGGGCGUCCUGGGCAAUACGCUCGUCAUCUACGUAGUUCUUCGGUUUUCCAACAUGCAAACGGUCACGAAUAUGUACAUCCUCAACCUGGCGAUCGCCGACGAGUGCUACUUGAUCGGGAUUCCGUUCCUGAUCGCCACUAUGCACAUGCAACGGUGGACCUUCGGUGGGGCAAUGUGCAAGGCGUAUAUGGUCAGUACCUCGAUCACGCAGUUUACCUCGUCCAUCUUCCUGUUCAUCAUGUCCGCCGACCGGUACAUUGCGAUCUGCCACCAUAUCUCGUCGCCCAAGUACCGGACGCCGCUCGUGUCGCGCAUCGUGUCGGUCCUGGCGUGGCUCGCUUCCGCCCUGAUCAUGCUCCCGAUCAUGAUCUACGCGGACGUGAUCGAGCAGAAACCGAACACGUACUCCUGCCAGAUCCUGUGGCCCGAGGCGCACGGCCACCUGCCCGGCUACACGUUCACCGUGUACUCGCUGAUCCUGGGCUUCGUGAUACCGCUCUGCUUCAUCAUGACGUUCUACUGUCUGGUGAUACGGAAGCUGCGCAACGUCGGCCCGAAAACGACGGGCGGCAAGUCGCGCGGCAAACGGCGCUCCCACCGGAAGGUGACGAAGCUCGUGCUGACCGUCAUCACGGUCUACAUUCUCUGCUGGCUACCGUACUGGAUCUCCCAGGUCGCCCUCAUCACGUCCGACUUCGAGACGUGCGGCACGCGGCUCGAUAUGAUCCUGUUUCUGCUGGUCGGGUGCCUCGGGUACAUCAACUCCGCCAUCAACCCGAUCCUGUACGCGUAUCUGAGUGAGAACUUCAAGAAGAGCUUCCUGAAGGCGUGCACCUGCGCGGCCCGGGCCGAAGUGAACGCCCAGCUGAAGCUCGAAAACAGCGUCAUGCCGAAGCGGUCCCGCACUCGGACCAACUCCGACACGACCCAGCUGACGACCGGUGGUUCCAAAGUGCAGCACCGGCUGCUGGUGGCGGAACCGACGACGACCGCCACCACGACCACCACGGCCGCAUCCUGCGUGUCGUCGCGCAAUCCCAGCCCACCACCAGCCCAGGCAGCGACGGUGGGCCAGCGAAACCAUCUCCUUACCGUGCCUGGCGCAUCGGGCACCGCGAACAACAACAACAGCAACAACCGUAAUUACAACAUCAACAGCAAUCACAGCAGCAGCAGCAACGACACUUGCAUCGAUGCGGGUGAAAGCUUGUCCGGUUCCGGUGCCACCGGCAGCGUCGUGCCCAACGGCUACGAGGACCAGCACCAACAGCAGCAGCAACCGCUCGUCAGUCUGACGUAA